AACCCCAGUUGAGCGUUUGCGACAACCGCACCAACGACACGACGGGACAUGAUGGCGAGCGCAAAACAGCAGGAGAAUAUGCUCCUGACCGAGCACUUUUCUUGGCCUCCGAUUUCCCUCAUCGACGACAUCAUCAACGCCGUCAACGAAGUCCUCUACCGCUGCACCGACUCCUUCGAAGCCGGCCUCACAUCCGCGGACCCAGCACUCCUCGGCUUCGCGGACCUGUACGCCUCGCAAAAGCGCACGCCCGCCACGGACGAAGACGGCCAGAAUGCGUAUCCAGAGGCGGCCCUCGAAAUCGAGGAGGGCGUGCUCAAGCUCGAGACGCUCAUGGAAAACGCAGUCGAUAAGAAUUUCGACAAGUUGGAGAUUUGGACGCUGAGAAAUGUUUUUGCGCUGGGACGCGGGAAGGGCGAGGAUGAGGGCUUGGGGGAUUGGGUCAGGUUGCUGCAUUAUGAGAACCUCCAAGCGCCCCCCAAAGACUCCAACCUCACCCCGGAAGCCCUCUACGCACUCCGCCGCAAAUUAGUCGAAACGCAAAAACUGCAUGCUGCACUCGUUGCGGAAAAAACUCGGAAUGAAGCGCAGAUUGCUCGUUUAAAAGCUUUGCUUGAACCGCCCCGUUCCUCGACUUUGUUAUCGGCAGAAGUGCAGAAUGGAACUGGCAAGAUACAGCAAGAAGGAGGAGAAGAAGAAGAAGAAGAAGAAGAAGGAGAAGGUGCUUUUGCCUUUUUGGUGAAUACGCCUGCGGCUCAGGCGUUGGGGAUCCAGGUCCCUUCUUCUUCUUCUUCUUCUACGGGUACUACAAAACCCCUAGCCACACACACCGCCUUCACAACAACCCAACUGCCCUACCUCCGCCACCUCCUCGCAUCGCUGAAACCGCAUCUAUCCACGACGGCGUUGCCCCAUAACAGCAAUAGUAGCACCAGCACCAGCACCAGCGACGCAAAAGACACUAGUACCCAGCGCAAACUCUACGUCGAAAGCCAGACCAAGCGCGUGCUCGAGCGCCGUGGAAUCGACACUAGAGAUGGCGUCGAGGGCGUGUGGCAUGGCGAGAGGGUUGCAGCCGAUGAGGUUAGGGCGUUGGAGGCCUUGGUCGCCGGCUUUGGGAGGGGGGGCAAUGCGAAUGCGAAUGGGAAGGGGAAGGCUGGCGGUGGGAAGCGGGGUAACGAGGAGAAGGAGGGGGAAGGGGAUGUACAAAUGGAUAUGGAUAUGGAAAUGGAAAUGGAAGAUGAGGGGGGUGAGGGGGAUGAGCCUGAGCCGGAGGCUAUGGAUACCACUUGA